GGUGAUGGUUCGCGGUGUUGUCAGUCAAGUGUCAAAGGGUGAGGCGGCCGCAAUCCGCGCGUACUAUGCGCGACUUACAGUGUACGUACGAGUGUUUGUGUCCCUGUGUGUGUGUGUGUGUGAAGUACUUUCCCGACCUACAGUAACUGGGGGCUGCUUGGUCCGGCCACAGCCCAGCAUUGAGCGCUCGCAAGCACUUGGACCUCGUCCCCCUUGACCCGCGUGGUAUGAAGUUCCUCUUCAUUCCUCUUCGGUUGGAAGAUCGACGAAGUACGGAUAAUAUUAAGGUGUUUCAUUCAAGCUCGUUUUCCAUACUAGAAAUGUGUCCCAUUGUUUUUAGUCUUAUCUUGCUGUUGAUUGGUGCGCGAUUUAGUUUUGUGUUGAUCUAACAGCAGCAAUUCCUUGUUAUCUUUUAAAAUCGUUUCACGUGUUCCAUUGGUUCCGAGUAGUAGCGUAAAUUACAUCGAUCUAUAAAUUAUACACUUACCUACGUGAUGGAGUAAGUACUUUUUAUUUUUGGUCGUCGUAACUCUCUGUGGUUUGAUAACGUGUGUGUUCUGAUAUUCGACUUAUAACAUUUCAGAGAUGUUUCUGUAGUUUUUACAGGCCCUUAAAGUACAGGCCCUUAUAGUUUGCUUGUUUUUCUAAUUUUAUUUCCGAAAAAGCCAUUGGCGUAGUAAUUAAUUGUGUACCUGUGGUUUGGGUUAUAGUGAUGUGAUAUCUGUUACAAUACAGUGUCCUGGUGUUGAGUAGGUUUGUUGUUUUUUAAAAUCAAAUAUUAAAAGCACAACUUUUUUAUAGCUUCAAGCACGUGAUCCAAUUCAAUAGUUCACCAGUUCUAGUCUAUUGUUGUGGUGAUGGAGUUCAGAUCUGGAUGACUGCAGUCAUGCUUUGUUGAACUUUUUCAUAACUGUUAUUGUUGGAUUUUUCCGGACGGUGCGUCAUCUGGCAGCGAUUAAACGAUUUCUCGACAUACCAUAGCUUAAAAGUACUCGGUGAGUCAUUUUCAAAUGGAUUGUCAAGUGAGGUAUUUCCUUGAUGUUUAAACGAUGAAGUGUGCUAACGUUGCAGCCUGUGUUAUUGUGAUUUCAAGUGGAUAUUUAUCGUUUUGACUGGUCGACUACGGGGACCGGUCACGCUUCAACUACCGAGGAUGACUUACCGAUACAGAUCAACAGGAGUCUUGGUGAAAAAGUCCCGAAAGGUUACGAAUGCAUAGAGACAACUCCUACAGAGUACCCGGCCAACCUGAACCAUGGCAGUAUGCGCUGGUGCCCAGAUAUGUACAUCUGCUAUCGUCGAGGUCGAGAUAAACCACCGCUCAAAGAUCUCGGCAUCCUGUGUGAGGGAAAAGAGUUUGUCAUGGACGGCUGUGAGGUGGUGCAGACUACCAUGGCGGGUCACCCUGCCAACGUGAACAACAGCACCAGCAGUCGUAUCUACAUCACGUACCGCCGGGCUGACAAAUGCGCGGCCAGCGACACUCUGGUUGUGGUGGACAUCUGUGUCAUCCUUGGCAGUCGGGGAGAAGAGCCACCUCUGACCUUCUUGAAAAUACCUAAAAACCUUAACAAGGGUGUGGUUGGUUCUGAUGUAUUUCUCUGUUACAAGAAAGCAAUGGUCAAGAAUGAUGUUUUAGCCUACAAAGCCUCAAUCCUGGACCGUUAUCCUUUAGAGGACUACAGUGACUUCCCCUUGCCGGAGCAGGUGCCGAUGUUCUGCCUGCCUAUGGGAGCCACGAUUGAAUGUUGGUCAGCGGACGCCCAGCACCCCAUGCCUAGCUUCUCCACUUUCAUCCUCACUGGGGCAGCUGGGGAGAAGGUUUAUGGUGCAGCUGUGGGGUUCUAUGAGGAGUACAGAGAAGAGGAUCUGACAGACCUGCAGAUGAGAUCCCUGGGCUUGAAGAACAAGAGCAUUCGAGAGCAGUACCGCAUACAGAAAACAGUGCAUGUGCGCAAAUCCAUCUCUCUGUUGUCACACUGGCCCUUCUUCGACGCCUUCAAGAAGUUUUUGUCCCAGCUGUACAAGGUGUCCAUCACGGGGCCGCACCAUGUGCCUCUGGAGCGACAUAUCUCUCACUUUAUGUACCACGUGCCGUACCCAUCGCCUGAACGGCCGCGCAUUUUGGUGCAGCUGGCUCAUGAUUCGCUCUCCCUGUGCAUGCCUGAGGACUCCCCACUGCCUCAGAGUGGUGCGUCAUUUAUCACCCUGCUGGGUAAUCUCGGACCAGACCACACGAUGAGUGUGCUGUUGUUUGUGCUGCUGGAGAGCAAGAUUUUGCUGCACUCGUUGCGACCGACUGUUUUGACAGAGGUGGCUGAGGCAGUGUCCACCAUGAUCUUCCCAUUUCACUGGCAGUGUCCAUACAUCCCUCUGUGCCCCUUGGGUCUUUCAGAUGUACUGAAUGCUCCUUGCCCCUUCAUUGUCGGUGUGGAUUCACGCUACUUUGACCUCUAUGACCCUCCUCCUGAUGUCAUCUGUGUUGACUUGGAUACCAACAGACUUUACCUACCUGAAGACAAAAAGUCCCUGAGUUAUAAACUGCUACCAAAGAAAGCCACACGAGUAUUGCAGGAGAGCCUUUCCCGCCUCUUUGCUAAAGCCAGUUUGCUGGAUGUCAAGCCACAUGACAGUGAUGGAGUUUCCCUGGAAAUGACCCACUUUGACAUUGAUUUCCGGCGCAAGAAGCAAACUAUGCAGCUGGAGCUUGCCAUCCAGGAGGUGUUCCUGCGGUUCACAGCCUCUAUUUUGAAGGACUACAAGAACUUCCUGAAUCCCAUCAUGAAGCAGCCCACCAUACGCACAACAGAUGCUCAGACUUUGUUUGAUAUGCAGGGUUUUCUGAAGAGCCGAGACAAAGCCCAUGCCAAGUUUUUCUCCCAGCUCAUGCGUACACAGAUGUUCUUUCGGUUCAUAGAAGAACGCUCAUUUGUCUCCGACAAUGAUGCCAGCCUUGCUUUUUUUGAUGAGUGUUCAGAGAAGGUGGAUGAACUGAGAGAGGAGCCCAAACUGAUUGAAAUUGACAAUACUCACACAAGCGAGCGCACUGUAUUCAUCAUGCCCCCAGAGCCUACGGGCCUGCCUGAAGGGAUCAAAUACAGCUACAAUGGCUUCCCAGAGCUGAAGUCUGAGCUGUUCCUUCCGAAGAAGACAGAGUCCCUGAUUGUGCCAGCCAAACCCACGUGUCCCAAUAGCCCUCUAGCUCGACGCACCAAGCAGGAGGUCAAGUCUGCUCAGAAGAUGGCCUUACAGCAGGCUGGAGAUCCUGAGACUUGGUCCAAGUGCCUGUUGAGUUAUUGUUACAGUCUGUGGUUUGUGGUGUUCCCAUCGUUUGUCCAGUCACAUCCCAAGAAACUAGAGGCCCUGAAGGUUGGGUUUGCUGUCUUGAGGAAGAUGCAGGAAGCGAAACUGCUGACUGUGGAUGAGCUGUGCUACCGGGUGCUCAUGCAGCUGGCUGGUCAGUACAACAAGCCGGGCCUGGCAGUCCAGGUGUUCUCUCAGAUGAAGAAACAUGGUGUCCACCCCAAUGCCAUCACCUAUGGCUACUACAACAAGGUUAUGUUGGAAGCAAAGUGGCCAUCCCCACAGUCCAAAGCACGCCUACGCUGGCUCAAGAUUCGCAACGUCAUUAUUGGAGUGGCCCAGUUUCGCCGAGCUGUGCGGCGACGCAGCUUGUCUAUUUACUCCAAUUCAGGCAGUGAAUUUGACCGCAUAAGUCAUGCCAGUGCAGACAGUUACCUUGGGGAGACCUCCCAAGCUCCAGUCAAGGCUGGCAGUGAGGGUGUCGUGGCCACAGGAGAUGAGGGUUCGAGCCCUGUCGUGCGGGACCCUACCACAGCUGGGGACCUCACGAGUAAGAACAGUGGAAGUCUGGAAGAAAGAAUGAGCACAGGUGGUGUGUCAGACCGUGGCUACAACUCCAUGACACAGGAGGACGUGAAGCGCCUGUCACAGAUGGUCAUCUCGGCAGAUGACACUGGGAGUGCCAGCUCUCCGGCAACCAGCGAUGCCUCGGACACCACAACAGGCAAGGGCAAAGGAGAGGGCUGGGGGCCUCUCAGUUUCUUUGGCAACCUCACUCACGGCAAAGAGAGGAGAGCCUCAGAAAGAGUUAAGAAAGAGGUGCACAUUGUGGAAGAUGAGAAACACACUCACAUUUCCAACCGGCCUCGAGUUGGCAGCAUUGUGAAGAGAUCCCGUAACAGGAGCAGCUCUGACGCUGAUGAGUUUGAAUUACAGAAAGGAGCAGUGUUGAGUAACUCGUGUGGACUGGUGAUGGUGAGUCAAGUAUGUGUGGAGCACCGCACAUUCUCACCUGACACAGACGUUCGGCUACAGGUGGCGGAGGCUAAGCGGCGACGGCAUCGCAGUGCGGGAGAAAACCACUCAAAACCAUCUCGCUCCAUGAGCCUGUUCGCCAGCUGGCGUCCUCCAAGAAACAACGGGCAUGCAGAUGAUGGGUCAGUCAGUCGGACACAGCGAUCUAAACUUAGGUACUCAGAUCUUAUGAAGACCGAAGAAGAUGAUAAUUCGAUCAUUGGCAGCCCACUUUCCUCCGAACAAUGUGUCGGGGCAGACAGUGUUGAUGGUGUCCCCUCUAACUUUCCUGCCAGUAUUAGCAGUGUGGAACCUGUGACCAAUUGUGUACUCAGUGACCUCGAUACUGGUUCAACAUCACUUCAAGAGACGGAGCAAAGCUCACAGACUGUUGUAGUCAAAACUUCUAGUCAUACUGUGCCAAAUUCUUGUGAAGAAGAAGACUCCAACAAUAAACUUUUUCUGGACAGUGAUCCUCUCUCUGGGGAGUCCACAACAGACCAUUUGUGCGGUGCCAAUGCAGAACAUUCAUCUGAUUCAGUGGGCAACCCUGAGUCUGACUCUAGUCAUAAUGUACCCACAGAACAGCGGUCGAACAACUCGUCUGUACCUUCCACGCCUGCUGCCGCCUCAAGUCUUCCAAUAUCAGAAGAAGAGCUUGAAAAACCAACGGAAAGCCAGACUGUGUCUGGACAGUCUGCAGAUUUAGCUGUUGACAACAACCCUUCAACGCCAUUAUUGCGUCAUUCCAGGGAGAACAGUACUAGCGAUACCACCAGCCGCCGAGAAAUGAGGCGUUCUGUGUCUAUUUCAGAAGACCGUCUGAGUGGUCAGUUCAAUGAAGUUGUGCCCAUGAAACAGUCCCUGAGCGAGACGGGCAGAACCCUGAGCUCUCCAGGAUGUGACCUACCAGUCGAGCCGCGCACGCCUCAGAAAGCUCCCGCUGAGGACACGCAGUCUGUGUCCUCUCUCACUGACUCAAAACGGGAACGUUCCUCCGAUUUUAUGCUGAAAAGAACUCCGAGCUUGAAGAAGACAAAUGAAGCAAUAGGAAGCUUUCUCAAAUUUGCCUCCCGGGCUGCGUACAACAAACUCAGUGAGCUGAAGCAGACAAUAUCUUCUCCAAUGAGGAAUGGUUCUUUGGGCUCCCUGGGCUCGCUCACGCAGUCUAUUGAAGAGCUGGACUGUAACGACGGCAGCAGCACCAGUGGCACCAUCCGCGACCGGCCGCGCCAUGCAGGCAGCCAGGACUUGUUGAGUCACAGUGAAGAGAGUGAGGCAGAGGACACUGACAAACGACUCUCUGGCCUGUCUUUUGAGAGCGCCCCUUCUCCCUCAUAUUUGGAUGGAUACAGUGGUCAAAGAGAAGGAUUUACUGGGUCCUUUCCCCACAUCGGGGAGCAGUUGGGCCAAGAACUGCUGAAAGUGGCCAUGGAGGUUGAGAUGAGCUCGUGUUCCCGAUGCACCAAGUGCAACCGUCUCAUCUACGACGAGGAGAUUAUGGCCGGCUGGUCUGCGGAGGACUCCAACCUCAACACCAGUUGUCCAUAUUGCCACAACAAGUUUGUACCGCACCUGCAAAUUUACAUCAAGGAUUGGCGGGGUGACAAGAAGAGUGUGGUGUUCAGUGGAGACAUGGGAACGACACCACAGGAGAAACUUUUGGCUUCUUCGGGUCCGAUGGAUGCCAGCCAGAGCUCCAAGGUCGACUUCCAGAUCGGAGACGAUGGUUCUCCCGUCGCUGAGCCAGAGCACAGUUCCCUGGAAAAAGGUGAGAUGCCUCUGAGCCUGGAGGAGGCUGCUGGAACGAUGCGGCGCCGCUGCACCAGUGAGUGUCUGACUCAGGCCAUUGACAACAUCUCGCUGGGCUCGGCCAUCGACAGCCCCACGCGCCACGCCCCAUUGCGCUCUCCGCUUUCCUUGUCGACAGAAGAGGAGGAGUUUGAGUCUGAGCAUGGAUGCAAAAGCAACCCUUACGAGUCGCGAUGUGUGACCAAAGAGUUUAUGUCCAGGUCAGCCUCCUCGCGGGAGCCCCAGGUGGUGGCCUAUUUGAGUCCUCUGGUGCUGCGUAAGGAGGUGGAGUACGUCCUGGACCACGAGGGGAACCUCUGUCUGGCUCAGGACGCCUUUGUGGAGGAACACCCCAUCAUCUUCUGGAACCUGGUGUGGUUUUUCCGACGAAUCGAGGUGCCAACACACUUGACUGGCUUCCUACUAACCUCACAAGCUUUCAGUUGCAACAAGUUAGAGGAUGUGAACAAGCUCAAAGGCACAUACACCAACAAGAACAUUCUCAUCGUACCCCAGUGGGACAACAUUCGAAUCCAUGACGAGGUUGGACUGCCCAUGUACUCUGCUUGGCGAGCUGGCCACAAGUCCACGGUGAUUGAUGCUCUUGUCAUUGAGUCAGACUCUUUCAGUCGACCACUGAUGUGGCAGAUCAUUGCGGCUAUACAGCGGAAUGACGUGCUGGCUGCUAUACGGCUUGUCGCCCAUGCCCGAAGGAGGAUGGGCUCUCGCAAACGACGUUUCCGCAGCAUGUACCGAGAGAUUCUGUUCCUAUCCUUCGCUCAGUGUGGCCGGGAGAAUAUUGACCAUGAUGCAUUUGACCGUGAGUAUGCUACUGCAUUCAAGGAAAAGCUGAAACCUGGAGAGGUAAACAGACUUCAGAAAGACGACCACCCGAAGUCUCUGAUUGUGCAGUUUUGUCGCCAAGUGUUUAGUGAACUGGAAGUUUAACAAGAUCAGAUUUGCCAAAAGAUAGUGCCCAUCUCCUGUCUGUCAAAGAGAACAGGAUUCGGACAUCCACAAGAAAUAAUUCCUUGUUGCUCAGGUCUAUAUUCCACAGGAAAUGAACUUACUGAAUUGUUCAGUGCUUUGGAGUAGUAAGAAGUCGGUGAUGUUGAGUCUUUAGCUGAUGUACAUGCUCUUUCUACUAGUGUUUUGCUCUCAGUACUUUGUUAAGGCACAUUCUUUACAAUUAUUAUCUUCUGAUUUUGUUCAGUGUUUUUCUCCUUUCCUUUCUAAUCCUGGGAAUGCAUUCAAGGAGCUUAGGUUCAUUGGCUACUGUUUUCACUGCAGUGUUAUAAAGCUUGGAAAUAUGGGUACAGAGUUAUAUUUACCCGGCUGUACAGACCCCUCAUCUCAUACUAAAUAGGAGGGUUUAAAAAUUGUUCCAGUUUCUCCCCUACAGAAUGUUUUUAUGAUUUUUUUUUUUAAACCUUUUUUUGAUUUGUCUGAAAAUCCUUUUUAUGGUCAUUUAUUCUUAUUAGUGCAAAAAGAAAGAAUUAACUCCCCAACUCUGCUUUCCUUUUGAAAGACAAUUCAAAACUUGGUGCAAAGUCGACUGUGUAUUGAUUGGCAUGCGCUCAAGGACUCAUCAAGUAUGAAAGUAUUCCAAGCUCUGCAGACAUGGUUAUCAUGUAUGAAUAUGUGUUCUGAGAUGCAAGUGCAUUGUACAUUGUAGUACAGGUUCAUAAAAACAAGAGCCUCGCAUAAUCACGGUUCUUGUGGUAAUUCAUAUUGUUUUUGGUUGUAUAGUUUUGUUACUCGAAUAUGAGCAGAAUGGGAUUCCUGAUUCAGUUCUUGAUGCAGAAUACUGCCAGUCCCAUUAAAAUGAGAUUUACUAUUUAUGUAAUAACAAAUGGAUAACUCGGACGUUGAAUUUCAAGCAAUAUGAAUAUAUUUUGUCAUAGUCAUACCCCUCCCAUUAAAGUUGUUUGUCAAUUUUUUAAUUGCACAUCUUGCAGUUCAUAUUCUGUUAAUGGCCAGUGUACACUUACUUAAUAAGCUGAUUGUGUGUUAUGGAAACGACCAUUCUCCAUUUUCUACCACUAUGGAAUGGUGAUGUAAGGCUCCUCCACGCUAACAAUAUUGGCUUUUUUGCUUUCAAUUGGUUGGAUUUCUGGAGAGAUUUAACAAGAAAACCAAAUUUAAUUGGUGGAAAAGCUGGGGUUAGUAUAUUCGGACCUCAUUUAAUAAGUGAUAAUAAUAUCUGUGGAUCCCCUUAGGUGCUUGAGCUAAUGUUUGUUUUUUUAAUCAAAGGAGUCAUGGAAAAGUUUGACUUUCAUGCUUGAUAUAUUACCUUCAAUUUUGUACAUUUGAUUAUUGCUCCUGAUCAUUUCUCGGGGAGGGCCAUAUCCUCAUGUAGAGAUCAAAGUUUAUUCAUGCAGAUAUCAGUGUGGUAAGUGUACACUGGCCAAUCCAACUUUCUGGCCUGACCUGAUUAGUUGACUAAGUGUCUGUCCCACUGACACGCCCUGUGAUAUACAUAGAUUUGUGGUUAGCUUCGCACCGAAAGUGCUUCGGGUUUAACUCUUGUUUUGAGGUACUGUGAUCAUGCCAAUUACACAGCUUGUUUGGGUCAAGAAGUUUGUGAAGGUGAAAAGGUUUUUUUCGUGUGUGUGACAGUGUAUAUGAGAAUAUAUUAAUGCCUACCCUUGUGUUUUGAAUUGAAAUUUAGCAUCAGUGCAAAAUGUUUUCCUCUUUCACAUUUUCUGUAAUUUUUUUUAGAGAACAGUGAUAGCGAAAUGUGGUGCAUAUUUUGCGAAUAUUAUUGUGACAUUACUACUUCUUCUAGUCAUUCUGUACUGGUGUUAAUAUGAUGAAAUAUGCUUUCUGCCUGAUACGUUGAUGUUUUCAUGCCAAAUGAUUGAUUGGGAUGUGGGAGGGUUUUUUUUUCCGCGUACAUCUUUACAUUUUGUGUCUAAAGAAAGAUUUGUUUUGCUUGUUUUUUUCUUUAUUCUUUGUUAAAAUCAACAAUUUUUACUUUAGCUAUUCUUGAACAGGAAGGCAAAAAGGCUACCGGUAUGUGCAUGUUGUUGAACUGUGUGCUGUUUGAAGUAAGCAAGCUGUUUUAGUGUCAUGACCAAAGCCUCUUAACAUCACCAUUGAAAGUUACAAACUGCAUGUUGUGAAAUUUUUUCAACUUUCAUUUGCAUUGUUUUAGCUGUUUGUCUGGUUCACUUGGCCACUCAGUGGUAGUUAGAGUGAGUGUUGAAGUGAGAGUCUAUAGUCUGCAGUCCUAAAUCUUUUCUGAUCAAGGGUUCACUUUAGUUUUCCGAUCCAGCGACCUUCUGAGUUCUAGCCCUUCGGCCUGAGUCAAGGGUUUACACAACUCCACAGCAAUGUUAUUUUCCAGUUUACCAUCUUAGUCGCGUGGAGGAUGUAGAGGAGGGCUGUCAGUGAGGUGCUCAUACAUUGUUCUCAUAUCUCUGUCAGUAAUUCAAUCUUCUUUUGAAAGUAAUGAAUUGUGGAAAAUAAUGUGAAAUCACUGAAAUGAAUAUGUCCUGCCCUAUGGAGCUGGGUAUUGAAACUCGGGUCUUUCAGUCUGAAUUUUAAUACCCAAACUAUUAGAUGAGGACCGGUGUCAUGUGAACUUGCAAAACAGAAGGGGAUGUUUAAAAAAAAUUUGUGUUCCUUGAAUUAUAAAUGCAAAUGUUCAAAUGGUGUUCGAAGUGAUUGUUUUAACACCUUUUAGUUCAGACUUUAAUGUCUAUCGUGACAUGUAAACACUUUCCCACUCAACAUGACUGAAGAAAUACAAGAGUCUGUGUGUGACAUGCACUUCGUUCCUUCUACAGGGUUUCCUCAAUGGUUAGCAAGGCUAUGAUUUUUUAAAUAUAAUGAUGAAACAAAAAAAAAAGAAUCACUGACAGUAAGCUGCAGCCCAGUUUUCAACUUUAAUUAUGAAAGUGUUUCAGAGUGGUCAUCAACAGAAAGUUUUAUUUUCACCUAAACUGAGCUCUAAGAAUGUGAACUCCUGAAGAAGAUGAAAAGGAAGUACAGGAAGUUGUGUGGAUGGGUAACUGUUGUUGGCAGAGAAUGUACUCAGGAAAGGGUUGGUCCCCGUUGACUUGACUAGCCACGUUUACUCAGCGUUUGUAGAUCAAAAGUGUGAUAAGUUGAGCCAGAUUGGAACAGUAGAGUAAAUAGUCCUUUCCGCAACAGAUAUGUGGAACGUUGAUAUUACUGUGUGUUUGUUCCUUCGUAUUUCAAAUGGAAGUGGUGAAUGUGGAAGGCCUUGUGCGUAUUUGCAGGGCAGGGCAGGGCAGGGUCAAGCACUCUUAAGUUUUUCUUAACUUCAGAAAUCUUGUCUUAAUUGCAGGCAUAUCCUUAUGUAUAAAUUCAAGGGAAACAAGCUACAGAGAGAUUAGUGGAAGGCUGCCUUCUGCUCUGCCUGCAUAUAAUUGUAAGUAAGGCACCCAUGCUCAACACCGAAGUACAAAUGUAGUGGUGAUGAGCUGUUUCUUCGCUGACUGUAGUACAAUUGAAAGUUCCUCUAAUUGAGAUGGUCCUCAUGAGCAUACUCCUGCGUGAUAUUGUUCAAGUUGUCUCUGCCCAGCCCUGCACACUCUGGAAUAAGAUCUCUGCUGAAAUGCAAUAGGCCUGCCUGGUGGAAGUUCGGAGAUUUGCUACUGAGUGGUGUAUAAAUAACUAUUUUUUCUCAUUCUCCUUGAAAUAUUUCUUUUUUGCUCGGUAUCCCGAUGGGACCCUAUAUGGUUUACCCUCAAAUCGCCUGUGUUGCAUGGAGAGGGCUUUUGAUUUCAGCAGCAACAACAGUAUGGGGACACACUUAUUCAUGCUUGCCAUUUGAUUCAUGAAAUUACCAGUUGAGAUUCUUUAUUUUUCAUUGUGACGGAAGAUAAGUUUCAUUGAUUUUCUUGUGUCAGUUCCGAUAUUUCAACAGUUCGAAGAACUAAUUGGAUUUUUUUUAAGCUUGUGAGAUUUCCUUUGUAUUUUGUUGCCUUUUGGAGUGAGGAAGGGGAAGGGUGUGUUUGGGGGUCCUCACAAUUAUUGUUCAUGUGUAGCCAAGACUAAGGAACUGCAGAUGUUGGGAUCAUUCACCCAUGUAUUUGAUCAGUUCCAACUUUACAGAUUUUUGUCUCAUGCUUUGUUCCUCCUUUCUUUGUCAAUUUUUGCCUUGGUCACAGGUGAGACCUCAGAACGGGCUUUUUGUUGACUCAAAUGGAUGAGAUUCGUCAUAAUGCAACUCUGCAUUGGUUUUUUUUUGCAAUAAUAACUCUUUGCUCAACAUUUUUUCCAUGAAAUUUGACAUGUUUGAACAAUGUUUUGUGGUUUUGUUAAAGGGAAUUAUUUCAAUUGCACAAACAUGGCUUUAUUGAUACUGCUUGAGAAUCAGAUGUAAGAUUUUCUAUGAGCCUGUUACUUUUACUUUUCAAUGUUCUCCACAGAAGUUGUCAGAGUAAUUUAAUCCAGCUAAAACUUUCAUCCUUCCUCUUACUCUUUGUAUUAUUUCUUUGCAGUGAUCAUUACACUCUGUCAAUAGAGACCCAUUAGUCUGUAUGUCAGGCAUAACUUCUUUGUUCUUGUUUAUGUUUUAAGCAUUCAUGCUUGCUAUAUGAAAUGAACCACAUGUAUAUAUAUACAUCUUAUAUUCAGAGACCUUUUGCUGUAACUGAUGUGCAAUUUUUUAUGUUCAAAAUAGAGACUGCUAUUUAGGUUUUAUUGUAAUUUUUUUUUUAAAUUAUCUUCAUUUUUUUUUGGGUUUGUUUUGUUGUUUUUAAAAAACUGUUAUUGCUUUAUGAUAAUUUAUAUUGCUUUGCUUUAAUGGGAUACCAAUUGCUUUGUGUGUGGAAGGGUUGUCCCCUUUAGUGUUUUUGGAGGAUUGUGCAUCUGUACUGUUGUAUCUGCUCCAGUAGUGGGUUGUUGUUUUCAUUAGGCAUGCUCAGAUUUCCUCUUUGUGUGCCUGAACCUUUUUUUUUUUUCAGUCGGUAAAAGGACACAAGUGUUGAGACUGUGCCAGACAUUUGUUUCCCAGAUGAUGCAAAUAGGAGUAGGAGAGUAAAAAAAUACUUUUCCCCUCUUUUCAUUCACCAAGUGCUCAACAUAAUUUGUAUGCAGGAAGGAAGAAGCUGUUCCAAGCCUCUGGUCAGUGGCAUCUGAUCUUAAAAGAAAAUUGUACUGUCAUAGAUGCUGUGAAGAGUGCUCUUGGGUCUUUGUUCUGUUGUUCCCAUGGUCAGCGAUUCUUUCAGAAAUAAAUCUUUAGUCAACAGCAGUGCUUUAUCAGACAUCAUCCCUUGGUCUCUGUUUACCAUAGGGCAAUACACACAUACAUACUCACUGAACACGGUCUCGAGAAGCUCCAAAAGAGUGUUGUGGACAUACUGUUAUAGUACAGGACAGAAACCAAUUCUUCUCUUCCUAGAUUUUCCUUACUAAUUCUGAGAUUUUCCAUAGGGUUUAUCUCUAGUCUUAGGAACAUUGCCAUAUUCCCAUUAGUCCAAGGGAUCUUUCCUUCUCCCCACUCUAUGAGGUUGUAUAGACCAAAGUUGUACAUAUUUAUAUUGUCAUGUAGACGUUGGUCAGAUGUGCAAGAAAGGAAAACCGUGAACAUUUUUUUCUUUUUAGUCCUUGUAAGAUUAUUUUGUUAAUCCUUGUACGAUUGUUUUGUCUGAUUAAACUCUUGUGUGUGAAAAUUCA